AUGACGGCUCAACGCCUCGAGGAAUUUCAGCUUCGAUACGGCUUUCGAGGCGAGCUGAUGGCGCCGGGACCUGAAGAUCGACCGUGGUAUGCUCCAGAAGGUUGGGUCACGCUCUACAAGGCGUGGUUCAGCCUUUGCCACCUCUGGGUGCCUCUUCCGAGGCUGCUGACGGAUUAUGUAGAUCGUCGAGGCAUUGCGUUCUCGCAAAUUCUCCCUGCGGGAAUUCGAUUUAUGGUCGCGGCUCUGCUAUUUGGGAGCGAGGCUGGGGUCAAUGUCGAUUGGCGUUUCUUCGAAGAGAUGACCAACGUUCAAAAGAACAAUUCGAUCCCGGGGACGUACACAAUAAAAGCGAGGAAGGACUGCUCUUUAGUCUACCCUGUCAACAGGACGCCGAGCUGGGAGGCGUCCUUCUUUUUUGCGAAGGUGGAUGAGACGCUGGUUGUCGACACCUCCAGGAAUUUUAGGAACGAGUGGAGCGACAGCAUCGAUCGCAACGUUCAGCUCGGAGCUUUCCCGGAGAACUUCCACGAGAACAUCCAGAAGAUCAGAGCAAUCGGGAUUCAACACUGGCCUGACAUCCAUCGCCGAAGAGUCGAGGCUGCCAUUACCCGUAUUACGAACGCUAGCUGGAGGAGGGAAAACCAAUUAAGGGAGAGAGCGAUCGCGAUGUCUCCGAUUCAAGUGAACGCGCCUAGUCUUGCUGCGAGGCUCAGAGCCAAUCGCAGUAGUGGGGGGAAUAAAAGUCGGGAAUCUCCCGCUCAGUCAGAUCGUCCGACUCAAGCGACGGCACCUCAAAUUGUCAACGAGGUCGAGGCUCGUCGAGACAGUGAUCUCGUUGAGGAUCGCGCCCAAACGGUUGAGCCUGAGGCGGGGGCUCAAGAGGAAGGUCAGGCAGUUGUCGAGGGGCCUGAUGAAACUGCGAGGCGAGCUAGGAAGGAGGCGAAGAAGCUAAAAAGAAAAGAGAAGAAGAAAAAGGACAAGGAUGAGGUCGAGACCACCCAGCUUACCGGGGGGGCGAACCAACCCGAGGUUGAUGAGUCGGCAGCGGAGGAGGGAUCAAGGAAGAGAACCUCCGGCGAGGUGGUUACAGGUGGUGAUCGCGAGGAGCCGGGAAAAAGGUCGAAGGUUGAUCUCACUGGCGACGGUAGGGCUCCGGAGAUCGAUUGGAGCUUCAAGUUUGAUUACCCCGAGUCUGGGGUGCCCCUUGUCAACAAUGCUGACAAAUGCGCCGAGCUCUUCGGAUUGAUAAAGGGAUCUACCUCCGAGGUUCCCGCCGCUGAUGACGCGGUCUUCAAAGACAUGGCGGGCUACGCCUUCAAGUUUAUCGCGAGCUGCAACCGCGCGCGGGGUCGAUAUCACCGAACGAUUCGAGCUGCUGCAACGAAGCUUCGUAAUGCUCAGUCCGCUGGGCAGAGGGCCGUGGAAGAGCGGGACGCUGCGAUUGCUCGGCAAAAGUCAGCUGAAGAGAAGUGGCAGGUCGAAAAAAGACGCUCCGAGCAAUUGGAAGAAGGCGUGAAGACGCUGACUGACAAGAUCGAGGAGCUGAAAGUGGAAAACCAGGAUCUGAUCAGCAACCUGCAAACGGUCAAUGAAGCGAAGCUCCAGGCUGAGAAAGUGGUCGCGUCCGAAGUGGCUCGCGUCAAACGUCAUGCCGAGGAGAAGAUAGAAUCCGAGACUACUCGGAUUUGGGCAGAUGCGGAGAACAAGUUUUCGGGCCGCAUAGAUCGAUUGAGGACCUUUAUCGCUGAGCAGGAGGCCAUUGUGAAGGUGAAGCUAGAACUUGUUCAGGCUCGAGGUACUCUCGAAUGCCUCGAUCUCUUGAAGGACAAAGAGGUCGAGUUGCGGGCUGAUCUCGAGGCGACCAUGCGCGACUGCGAGCUGAAACUCGAGAGACUUCGGCUAUCUGAUCUUCAGGAAGGCGCAAUGCUCCCGCAAUAUCCCGAGACUCCGGACGGUGGUUCAAAUCAUGACGAGGCUGAAGAUCAGGGGCAUCGCGAGGAUGAAGAGGACCACGAGGGUGGCAGUCAGCGUGACGAGUAG